GUCUGGAGCUCCCCCGCGCGGACGAUGCCCGCGGUGCCCGCCCGGGGCUCGGGGCGGUGAGGCCCGGGGCGGGGGGUAGCUAUGGCGACGGCGAGCGCGGCCCGCGGCGCCGCCUGACAGGUGUGGGCCCCGGCGGCGGCUGCGGCGGCGGCGGCGCGGAGCAGUAUGUACGCCAAGGGGGGCAAGGGCUCGGCCGUGCCCUCCGACAGCCAGGCCCGCGAGAAGCUGGCGCUGUACGUGUACGAGUACCUGCUGCACGUCGGCGCCCAGAAGUCAGCCCAGACUUUCCUGUCCGAGAUCCGAUGGGAGAAGAACAUCACGCUGGGGGAGCCCCCCGGGUUCCUGCACUCCUGGUGGUGCGUGUUCUGGGACCUGUACUGUGCGGCGCCUGACCGCAGAGAGGCUUGUGAGCACUCCAGCGAGGCCAAGGCCUUCCAGGACUACAGCGCCGCGGCGGCACCCAGCCCCGUGACGGGGAGCAUGGCCCCCAGCGAUGUCAUGGCUGCAGGCCCCAUGGCAGCCGGCUUCUUCCAGCCCUUCAUGUCACCGCGGUUCCCAGGGGGCCCCCGGCCCACCUUGCGGAUGCCGAGUCAGCCUCCUGUGGGCCUCCCUGGCUCCCAGCCCCUCCUCCCUAGUGCCAUGGACUCCUCCCCGCGUGCUCAGGGGCAUCUGAGCAUGGGCGGCCCAAUGCAGAGGGUGACACCCCCCAGGGGCAUGGCUAGCAUCGGUCCCCAGACUUAUGGAGGGGGCAUGCGGCCCCCACCCAACUCCCUUGCCGGUCCAGGCCUGCCUGCCAUGAACAUGGGCCCUGGAGUGCGCGGCCCGUGGGCCAGCCCCAGUGGCAACUCGAUCCCCUACUCCUCCUCGUCCCCCAGCAGCUACACGGGACCCCCAGGAGGAGGCGGCCCUCCUGGAACACCCAUCAUGCCUAGCCCUGGAGACUCCACCAACUCGAGCGAGAACAUGUACACCAUCAUGAACCCCAUCGGGCCGGGCGCCGGCAGGGCUAACUUCCCGCUCGGUCCCGGCGCAGAGGGCCCGAUGGCUGCCAUGAGCGCGAUGGAGGCGCACCACGUGAAUGGAUCCUUGGGCUCGGGCGACGUGGACGGGUUGCCGAAGAGCUCCCCCGGCGCCGUGGCCGGCCUGAGCAACGCCCCGGGCACCCCGCGGGACGACGGCGAGAUGGCGGCCGCCGGGACCUUCCUGCACCCGUUCCCGAGCGAAAGCGUAAGCGACUGCGUCGACUCCCCCCCCGCGGCGGCGUCGGGCCGGAGGGGCCUGGCGGGCAGGCCCCGGCGGGGCGGCCGCGGGGCCAGAGCAAGACCGUGACCGCGGCGGGCCAGUACUCGCCCGGGAUGACCGUGAGCGUGUGAUGGGCGGCGGCCCGGCCCUACCGGCCUGGGCUUCUGCCGGCGCCCUGCUCGGGCCAGGCUCUGAGGUCACGCCUCGGGCAACCGGACUCCCUGCCAAACAAGGCUUGCCUGGCUGGGAGGCCCCGCACGAAGGACUUUCUCAUUUUAUAAAAAAUGAAAACGCAAGGACCUCAGAGACGUUCUUUCCUGUAUGGGCGUUUCCCGCCAUUGUAUUUUGUUCGGGGAGAGGGGCUCCUCAGGGCCCCCCCUUUUUCCAGGACGGCAGGGGGUGGACCUCAUCAAUAAAUGUAACUUGGUUUUGGUUUUUGGUA